GAUAGCUCCGCCCCUGAUGCAGAUAAUCAGACAUUUGUAUUAUUAGUACUAUUUCUGUAUGGUAAUCUUUCAAUGUUCUUCCAUUGAUGAAAGGUUUAGCAGUCUUGCUGUUUCUUCAAUACAGCUCUGCUUUCAAAACGGUUUGCUACUUCUCCAACUGGGCUCAGUACAGACCAGACAAAGGGCGGUUCCUCCCCAAGGACAUUGAUCCCAGCCUGUGCACUCAUCUCAUUUACGCAUUUGCGGGAAUGAAUGACAACAAAAUCACAACAGUGGAGUGGAAUGAUGAGACGCUUUACCAGGAUUUCAAUAAUCUCAAGCGCAAAAAUCCGGGACUGAAGACGCUUUUGGCCAUUGGUGGAUGGAAUUUUGGCUCUGCAAAGUUCUCUGCCAUGGUGGCUACUCCUGCCAGUCGCAGGACAUUUAUUUCCUCUGUGGUUUCAUUCCUGCAAAAGUAUGGUUUUAAUGGUCUAGACCUAGACUGGGAAUAUCCUGGAGCCAGGGGGAGCCCUGCAGAGGAUAAAAUGCGCUUCACUUCCUUGAUUCAGGAAAUGGCAACAGAAUUCCAGGCAGAAGCCCAGCGAACAGGAAAGGAAAAGCUGUUACUCAGUGCUGCUGUUGCAGCUGGGAAACAAAUAAUUGACAGUGGCUAUGAAAUUGACAAGAUCUCAAGGCACCUGGAUUUUAUUAACCUCAUGACAUAUGAUUUCCAUGGAUCCUGGGAACAGACCACAGGCCAUGUCAGCCCUCUUUACCCUGACACUGACGAUGCUGUGAAGUAUUGGAUAAGCAAAGGUGCACCAAGUAAAAAAAUAAUCAUGGGUAUACCCUCCUAUGGACGAAGCUUCACCCUUUCUUCCUCUCAAACUGGGGUUAAUGCACCUGUCUCCGGGCCUGGGACAGCUGGGACAUUUACACGAGAGGCUGGGUUCCUGUCUUAUUAUGAGAUCUGUACUUUAAAAAACGGUGCAACCACAGUUGUUAUUAAAGACCAGAAGGUUCCAUAUUCCUUCAAAGGAAACCAGUGGGUAGGAUACGAUGAUGUGGAAAGCAUGAAAAUUAAGGUCGGCUACAUUAAGCAAAACAACUUGGGAGGUGGCAUGGUUUGGGCUAUAGAUCUGGAUGACUUUAGUGGUUCUUUCUGCAAUCAAGGGGCAUUUCCACUUCUGCAGACUCUGAAGAAACAGCUGGGCUCCAGUGUUGAUUCAACACUAAACUCCAAACCUCCAAUUACAGAUGAAUCUCCAAGACCUGAUCCACCACAACCUAUUCCACCUGCAGCAAACAACUUUUGCCUUGAUAAGGAUGAUGGAAUGUACCCUGACAUACAGGAUGCCACGAGGUACUACACAUGCACCCACAAGCGCACUUUCAACAUGCCUUGUCCGGCAGGGCUAACGUUUGAUAAUCAGUGCAAAUGUUGCAACUGGCCUCAGUGAGAUGCAUGAGUCUCAUCAAAAUGGAGACAUUUACUUUUGAUCAAAGCAAAGCAAACCACUGAUUUAUUGUCUUAGCAUCAAAACAUAUCCAUAUCCCCAAUGUGCACAUCCAUACAUUUCCCUAACUCUGAUCAAGUGUGAUUAGCCACUAAUAUGACGUUGUGCCUAAGAAGAACCAAUAAUGACCAAGAUAUUAGCACUUCAUGAGUUUUCUUACAACGAUAUGCUAUCCUCCAUUCUCUGUCUUUGAACCUUGUUUUAUUUUGCUAAACUGUAUGAGAAAUAAACUUCUUCUGUUGCAUCCA